AUGGACCUGCAUAAACAACUGGAGAACACUGAGAGGAACUGGAAUAAAGAGAAAAUGGAACUGCUGGAAAAAUUUGACAAUGAAAGGAAAGAAUGGGAAUGUCAAUGGAAAGUUAUGCAGAAGAAAAUUGAAGAGCUUUACCAGGAGGUAAAACUUAGAAGGGAGAACAAUAUGAAUGUCCAUGACAAUAAGGCCAUUCAGAGCAAGAUGCUGCAGCUGUCUGUGCAUUCUCCUACUUCAGAAAAGAGCGACACAGUGGAGCUGAACUAUCAACACAAUGUGGUAAAUGAUGGGAUGGAAAAGGGGAGUUUGCUGAGUAAAACGGGACCUGAAUGCAAGGAAAUCAAAGCCAAGAGAAAAAACGAUACUUUGUUAAUGGACAACCUGGCUUUUGAGAACCAUGAGGAGCUUGAAGACAGCCUCAGCAUUAAAGCUUCCAAGAAAAAUGCCAAGAGCUAUAUUGGUGAUCUCAAUGUAGCUCUUAAAGAACUUGCCAGAGUUAGUGAAGAAUUAUGCAGCUAUCAAGAGGAAAUUCGGAAGAAGUCUAGCCACAGAAGAAUGAAGUCAGUUCCUUUCUUGGGGGAGUUUGAAGAAACCCAAAACGCAGUUAUUCUGCCUGAGAAGAACCAUUUGUCCAGCAAUGAAUCACAGUCUUCAGUUGCUUUUGAAAGAGAGGAGCAUAACAAUAGGAAGAAUCUGAUGAGCUCCACCAAGGUUUUGAAGGACAUGUCUUAUAGUAGUCUUACUGGCAGCAGAGGAGCUGACUUCAGACCUCGGCAACAGAAAGAAGCUCCACCAGUUCCUCCACGAAGCACUUCUCGGCACCUAACAAACUCACUUUCUGCAGUUGUACAGUUUUCUGAAGCAUCAAUGAGAGAUCCAGGCAUCAAAAGCAAUUGCAAGGUUCAGGACUGUAGGAUUGGAAGGAAACUGACAAAUCCUUCAUCUAUAAAACAAAAUGAAACUGCAGUGGCCUGUGCAAAUGAGGAGCAGGCUGGAAAAGGUCCUGUCAUGGUAACUGCUGCAAUACCUGUAACCAAAAAUGAGUUCAAUGUACCAAGUUUCUGCCACAACACAUGGGCAUACGAUGUUGGUAAAGACAGCAAAAGUGAGCCUUCCCCACUGUCAACCCAGAAGAGUUGUUCAGAUGAAAAUAUGGCCCAUAGCAACAGAAUGCAUCAGAAACAAAAUUCCAAGUCUCAUUGCAGUCCUUAUUACAGUCAUGACUUUUAUGCCCCUGCUGCCCUGCACAAUGAUCUUUUGGGAGACUCCAGUUACACUUUGGGAAAGACUCAGAGAAAUGAAACUUUAGCAGCAAAGAUUGAUGAGUUUAACCGGACUGUAUUUCACACAGAUAAACGUAACAAUACUUUGCAAGAAAACCAGGUGAUUCGGACAGCAUUAGAAGAUCACAAACCCUGCAGCCCACCAUGUGACUCUGCUGUUAGCAGGACAGAAACUGUAGAUACGUCUUGUGUUUCAAAUCCCAAAUUCUCUGCAGCAAAAGAACAAGAAACUAGCACCCCCAGCAAAUCUGUCAGAACAGUAGGGCAACAAAAGCAAACAAAUGGACUUCCAAAUACUAGUGGUUAUAGACACAUGCUUCAUGAGCAUGACUGGAGGCCGAGUAAUUUAUCCGGUCGCCCGCGUUCAGCUGACUCAAGAUCAAACUAUGGUGUUGUUGAAAAGCUUUUGAAAAACUAUGAAAAAUCUACAGUGACUUCUCCAUGUAAUGCAAAAUACUGCAAAGAUAAGUGGACAUGGGCAAACUCUGAAUCCAAUGAUGGGGGUUGUGAGACAUUGAAUCAGUAUUUAGAAAUGCUUCCGAUUGAGCAAGGAAAGCAAGAAUUUCUGAGAAAUUCAGCCAGGCAUAUUGAGCAGCAACUGAAGCAAGGAAAGGAGAGACAGAAGUUACCAGAGUGUCUCAAAAACGAGAAGGUAAAUAUGUUCAGAGCUGAGAAACUUAGAUGGAUUCAGACUGUCAGCUGGUAUGCUUUACGCUGUCACAAAUUCAGACUUCAGUGGAGAUAUCUGUGCCAGCUAAAUGUUCAAGUGGGAAGGGUUUCUCCCGGCCAGCCCGACCAGCAAAUCGACGCCUACCUUCCAGAUGGGCAUCCAGAUCACCAUCAGCACCGCCAGCUGUGA